AUGGCGAGUGCCUCAAGGGAUGAAGAUGAUUCGAGAGAGAUUCACAUUCACAAGAAGCAACGAACAAAUGAAAAAACAUCUUCUACCAUGAUGUAUCUUGAUGUUCUACAUUGUCAUGUCUGCUUCAAGCCACUCACUGUUCCUAUCUUCCAGUGUGGUGAAGGGCACUUGGCUUGCUCUUCUUGCUGUCCAAAACUGAGUAAUAAGUGCCAUGCAUGUGCUUUGCCUUUUGGAAAAAACCGUUGCAUAGCAAUGGAGAGAGUUCUUGAAUCAAUGUGUGUUCCAUGCCCAAAUGCCAAGUAUGGUUGUACUGCAAAGUUGUCUUAUUGGAAAAAACAAAGUCAUGUAAAGGAAUGCAAUUUCCCUCGCUGCUCAUGCCCUGCAUUGGGAUGUGAUUACACUGGCCCCUACAAGGAUCUCUACCAACAUUUUCUUGAUACUACCACGUCUGGUGUCUUCACUUGUGGCAAAUACUUUGAUGUCCGUAUCAACAUCAAAGAUAAGGUUUGUGUUAUUAAAAGGGAGUGUAAAGAGCGCCUAUUGUUUGCAGUGCAGUGUUUUAAGGAGACGGAUGAUGUGUGUGUAAAUGUAAGUAUCAUUGCACCAGCAACUCUUGAAGUAGGAGAGUUCUCAUAUCAUAUCGCACUCCCCUACAUUGUGGAUGGGAAACCUAUGACGAGUCACGAAUUUACAGUGACGAGAAUUCUUGAAUGCUUCGAAAGACCUCAAGCGGGUAACAUAUGGAUCUGCCACAGUUUAUUGCGUGGUGAACGGUUGGAGAUGAAGCUUUGCAUCGAGAAGUUGAACUAA